AUGUGGAAGAUAUCAGAAGACUAUUCCAAUGGCAUCUUCUACUUGAGUCUUUGGCCUUUUAGCGGCACCAUGAUGGUUCUCGCAGACGCUGACGCGGCGUCGCAGCUCGAUAGCCUGGCUCUUGGUAAAGGGCUCGACAUAAUCGACCCCAUUGAGAAGGUCACUGGUGGAAAGAGCCUGUUGACCAUGAAAGGAGAUGAAUGGAAGCACUGGCGACGCUUGUUCAAUCCGGGUUUCAGUGCUGGGUACAUGAUGGGCUUGACGUCUGUCAUCGCAGAUGAAGUGGUCAUUUUUCGCCAGAAACUUCUGGCCAAAUGCACAACAGGACAGAGCGAAGUGUUCUUACUCGAGGAUCUGACCCUGAAGAUGACCUUCGAUAUAAUCGGGUCUGUUGUGCUAGAUACUCGACUUGGUCAUCAGACGCGGGAUCACCCUUUAGCAGCUGCUCUUCGAAAGCAGAUAGAAUGGACUUCCUUCCGCGAGCCGCUGAACCCUUUAGAAAGAUAUCUCACAAUUCGUCCGCUCGUUCUCUGGCUCAACGGGAAGAAGUUGGAUCGGUAUCUAUCUGCGGAGAUCGAUAAGAGACUUGCGGAGCGUUCUGCAAAUCUGUCCAACUCAAACGACACAACGCGCUCGAAGUCGAUAGCUUCGCUUUUCAUCGAUGAUUAUCUUAAGGAAUUGGGAGAGGAAAAUCUAGGCAAGAGAGAGAAUCCGGACACCACGCAGAAGAUCAAACAUAUCAUUACACCCCAGGUACGACUUUUUCUGUUUGCAGGUCAUGAUACGACUAGCAGCACACUGUUGUACUGCUAUUAUCUCCUCUCCCAGAACCCGGAGAUCAUAUCUCGCACCAUAGCAGAACAUAACGAAGUCUUUGGAACGGACCCAUCACAGGUUCAGGAUAAGAUUCAUAAGGACCCUCAACUUCUUAACAUGAUACCCUACACCGUGGCGUUCAUCAAAGAGGUUCUACGCAUAUUUGCCCCGGCCGGUGCUAUGCGUCAAGGACGUUCCGACGUCCAGAUAGUCGACGCGGACGGCCGCGUACUCCCCACAGAAGGUUGCAAUGUCUGGACUCUUGUGCAGGCUAUACAUCACAACUCCAAGUACUGGAAAGAUCCUGAUGCUUGCAUUCCUGAGCGUUGGCUCGUUGGCCCGGAAGACCCAUUAUAUCCCCAUAAGGGCGCCUGGCGGCCAUUUGAGUGGGGUUCACGGAACUGCAUCGGGCAGACGUUGGCGAUGCUCGAGUUGAGAAUCGCGCUGGUUAUGACUGUGAGAGAGUUUGUCAUCAAGCCUGCGUACGAAUACUGGGAUAAGCUUCAUCCUAAAUCCGGUAUUCGCAGCGUCAAAGGUAAAAGGGCGUAUCAAGCAGUGAAGGGCGGGGGCGGGGCACAUCCGGCAGAUGGAUUCCCUGUGAGGAUUGGCCUACGGAGUUGUUGA